AUGAGGUGGAUGAGCGGAUCGUGUAUUUGCAGCCACACCCCAAGGGACAAAUUGCCGCCGAACCAAACCUCCAAAUUACCGAAUGACGAUACCACCGGGAAGAGCGAGGUCAAAAUACCCCCACCACCAAAACUCCAUGCGGCUAACUCUACCGUUGAGGCUAAACCGCCACCUACACCCCGACCGACUAAAGAGCAACUUAUGGCCCAGGCCAACUCGUUUAUCCUGAGGAUAAGGGCCAAGAUACGCUGGUACUUGAAAAAGGGGAACAAACCCUAUAAUACGGAUGACUACACGACGUUUUUCCUGUGGCUCAUGAUGGGGAACGUCCUCCUCUUCUGUCUCGCCACCACGACGUUUUUCCUGCUUGUCAUCUUCACCGCCAACACCGUGUUGGCUCAGGAGUUUGUUGCCCGCAAGUUGGGCGAGUUCAUCACCAAAAACUCGAAGUUGGACGUCACCUUCGAGAACGCGAUCGUCCCCGGGUGGCGCGACGGCAAGAUCAGUUUCCGCAAGUGUUUCGUGCUGAGACGGCCCCGCCCCGUCAACCGCCGCAAGCACUUCAUCAAGGGGUCCCAGCAGCAGGCCGUCGAGGACCUGUUGGUGAAAAAGGACGACAUUGAGUACGAGGACGACGGCAACUACACCCAGUUUGAUUUGACGAUGGAGGAGGUCAACGUGCUGCUUUCGCUUAAAAAAUGGAUCAAUGGGACUGGCAUUGUCGAGACAUUGGAGAUUAAAGGGCUCAGGGGAGUGGUAGAUCGUACUCACGUCCACUGGGACCCUGACGACGACGCUACCAACUAUAAGAAUGUCUACCAACCCGGCGACUUUGAGUUCGACAAGUUCAGCAUGACGGACGUGCUCUUUACGCUUUUGCAGCCGAACGGGUUCCGUCCGUUUGACGUCGCCAUCUAUACCUGUGAGCUUCUGAAGCUCCGCAAGCACUGGCUCUUCUACGACUUCCUCAACGCCGACCUGGUGCUGGGGGCUUACGACAACUCGCUUUUCACCGUGCACAAAAAGCAGAGACUUUCUGACGAUGAAGACGAGCUGAAAUGGAAGCGGAUCACGCGCUGUCGCGUCGAUAAGCUCAAUAUCGACCAUUUAAACGCCGGCAUGGAAGGUCCCUUUGGCUGGAUCACGCUGGGCAAAGUCGACAUGAUUGGCGACGUCAUGGUUCCGCGAGACGAGGCCAAUUUGAACGUGGGCGACGUGGUGCAAAUGAUUGCUCAUCUGAUUAAAAAAGAAGCUACCCGCUAUAAAAACCCCGAGGUCAAAGAGCCGGCGCACGGCCUGCUCCACACCCGUUUGACGAGUGCCGACUGCACCGACAUCACCAAAUAUUUCGUCCUCGACCUCACCAUCAGGCUCAACCACGUCCGCGCCAAGGUGCCGUUUAAACUGCCCGAGCUCAGCUACAUCAACUACGCCCUCGUGCGGCCGAUCGUCGGCUACAUCAACCUGAAGAACACCGUGAUCGAGGUCAAGAACCGCAUCAUCAAGAACUUGGCCGACUUCGACGGGCUGUGGACGGUGUACGACUCCCUUUUAAUGGACGACAUCUCCGAAGAAGUAUAUGACAACUUCGUCGACUACGUCGCCGACGAACAGGCCCGCCUUGUCCGCAUGCGCAAGGUGGGCUUCUGGACGCUCCAGGUGCUCAUGCAGAUGUUCAUCAUCGGCAUCGGCAUGGUCGCCUGA